GUUAGCAGUCGGCUGCCAGUCUGGUCCGUAGCCACGAUGGAUGCAAUACCAUGCUUUCUGCUCGUCCUCCUGUUCGGGACAAGGAUACAAGAAAAUACCGCCCUCCAGUGUUACUGUGACCGCUGCAGCACCAACUCCAGCUGCACCACAGAUGGCGUCUGCUUCGUCGCCAUCCGCAAGUCGGGCAGCCGGCUGACCACAGAGCAGCGCCAGUGCGUGCGAGAUAACGAACUAAUCCCGCGAGACCGGCCCUUCAUCUGCGCCCCGUCCGCCAAACAAGACACGGGUAUUUACCCCAUCUGCUGCACGAAGGACUACUGCAACAAAGACCCCAACAUCAAGAUCUUCCCCGGCCCCACGGUGAAGCCUCCUCCUCUGGGCCCCGUGGCCCUCGCAGCGGUGAUCGCGGGCCCUGUGUGCGUGCUCUGCCUGCUGCUCGUCGUGGCGUUCUACGUUUGCCACAGCCACAGGGGUCUGGGGGCCGGAGGGGCCGGGGCCCACCACCACCACCACCACCGGGUGCCCAAUGAAGAAGACCCCUCCAUGGACCACCCCUUCAUCACUGUGGGAACAACGCUGAAGGACCUCAUCUACGACAUGACCACAUCGGGGUCUGGAUCAGGUCUACCGCUGCUGGUCCAGAGGACCAUCGCCAGGACCAUCAUCCUCCAGGAGAGCAUUGGUAAGGGGCGUUUCGGGGAGGUGUGGCGGGGCAAGUGGCGCGGCGAGGAGGUGGCCGUGAAAAUCUUCUCCUCCCGCGAGGAACGCUCCUGGUUCCGCGAGGCUGAGAUCUACCAGACCGUGAUGCUGAGACACGAGAACAUCCUGGGCUUCAUCGCUGCUGAUAACAAAGAUAACGGGACGUGGACUCAGCUGUGGCUGGUGUCGGACUACCACGAACACGGCUCCCUGUUCGACUACCUGAACCGCUACACCGUCACCGUGGAGGGAAUGAUCAAACUGUCCCUGUCCACGGCCAGCGGCCUCGCUCACCUGCACAUGGAGAUCGUGGGAACACAAGGUAAGCCGGCUAUCGCCCACAGAGACCUGAAGUCAAAGAACAUCCUGGUGAAGAAGAACGGGACCUGCUGCAUCGCGGACCUGGGUCUAGCCGUCCGCCACGACUCGGCCACCGACACCAUCGACAUCGCUCCGAACCACAGAGUGGGAACCAAAAGGUAUAUGGCUCCGGAGGUCCUGGACGACUCCAUAAACAUGAAACACUUUGAGUCUUUCAAGCGAGCUGACAUCUACGCGAUGGGAUUGGUCUUCUGGGAGAUCGCCAGCCGCUGCUCGAUGGGAGGCAUCCAUGAGGACUACCAGCUGCCCUACUACGACCUGGUUCAGUCAGAUCCAUCAGUGGAGGAGAUGAGGAAGGUGGUCUGUGAGCAGAAGCUUCGGCCCAACAUUCCCAACCGCUGGCAGAGCUGUGAGGCCCUGCGGGUGAUGGCGAAGAUCAUGAGGGAGUGCUGGUACGCCAACGGCGCCGCCCGACUCACCGCUCUCCGAAUCAAGAAGACCCUGUCCCAGCUCAGCCAACAGGAGGGAAUCAAGAUGUAGACACAACUACCAAACACACACACACACACACACACGUACACACACAUACAUACAUACGCACACACACACACACACACACGUACACACACAUACAUACAUACGCACACACACACACACACACACACACACACACAUGUACAUACGCACACACACACACACGUACACACAUACAUACAUACGCACACACAUACACACGCACACACACACCUCUGACUAGCAUCCAUAUCGUUAGCAUUACAGCAUUAUUAUCUUCAUUAUUACUCAUCGGUUGCUCCUCCCCUUUGGUUUGAAGAGAAGUGAAGAAUAUUUUUCCCCUCGUGCUCUUUUUUUUUUUUUUUUCCAUUUCAUUCAUUGACAAACUGAUGAAUCCUGCACCUGAAACUCAGGAACCAUCAGUGUGUGUGCGUUGCUCUGACACACACACAUGGAUGGCUGGAUCGAUGGAUGGAUGGAUCUGAUGAGGGGUGUUUGUUUCUGAAGGGGAUAAAAGAGGCAUUAAAAGAUGCCUCCACUCAUUAUCCUCCGUGUUCAUUUACUAUAUUCAUCCCAUGAAGACCCACAGAGGCACCUGGUCCAUCUCAGCCCCCCGCCCCCCCCCGCCAGACUCCACCCAACCUGUGUGAGCUCAGGCCUCACCGGGUGAACUAAAGGCCAGACAGGUAGCUGGGAAUCACCUGGGAGACCUCUGAGCUGCCGGAGCUUCACCCUCAUCCCCUCACAUCUUCAUCAUCACCUCCUCAUCUGUAUAUUAGCGUUUCAUCCUUUGCUACAGAGGGUUCAGCUGCUCUUCAGAGGGGCUGCACGGCGCUCAUUUACAUCCUCAUCAAAUAAUCAGAUUUCAAAGAGUGAGAAAAAUAUUCAAACAUACGUUCUUCAGUGAAUGUAACUGUUCCCUGCCGCCACAACUCUGUUAUUAACACCAGAAUAUCUUAUUGUGAAAUUCAACCACUGCUGAACACUUAUUCAAAGCAUUGAACAUUUUGACCAUGAAAACAACUAUCUGAAUGUUUGUGGUUUAAUUCAUUAAACAGACAAAAAUAUUACAUUUUUGGAUGUAAAAAUUCAAGCCAAUUUAAAAGAUAAAAAAGAAAAAUUCAAUCUUGGAAACACGCCAAGAAUAAACGAUCAAGCCAGAAGCUUCAGUUUUGACUGACACUAAAUAACUCACCAGUUUAAUAGGAACAGCUGCAAGGUUUCUUCAAUGUCAGAGAAUGGACGAAAACCUCGACUUAACCAACAGUAUUUCAGAGUAAAGAUCAUUUAACGAAGUAAAGCGCCAUGAGGUCGUUUGCAGCCCCGCUCUCGAGUCGUGUCACAGCAGCACUGGGGACUGAAGCGAGGACCGGGGGAUCAUGGGACAGCGUGCGAGCCGCCCUGUGGGCUUCACACCAACGUUGGCUUCAUGUAGUCGAGUAGUGAGCAGAAUCUCUCAUCUCUGCAACAAUUUUGCACCUGUUUUUCAUAUGUUACUGUUGUACUUCCCCGUCUCCCCUGAUAUCGUCAGGGAGACGGACAGGUCAGUUUAAUUUAUUGUGUUGUUUUUUUGAAUUUUCUUUUCGGUGGCAGGGGAUCUUUUUUGCAAAACUAAAACUGGACAUGAUGACCUCAUUCAUUUUUGGCGAACAUGCUGCAACAUAUGCAAUAUACAGUAGAUAAAUGUGUCUAUUUUCUAUACUCUGCUCUGCUAAACCACAAACGGCAACAACAACAACAACAACAACAAUCAGCUGCCACCAUGCCUUCCAAGCCAGCUGUUACCGGAAAGUGCCAGUGCUUUAAAAACCCGAUUCCUCUCAUGUCGGCUGCUGUGGGGUGGGUGUGUUCUCGCGUGUAUGCAGCUCUGUGUGUGUGUGUGUGUGUGUGUGUGUCGGAGGACGAGGCCUGCGGGAGCCCUGCCGAGCAAACAGCAAGCUCGUACUAUGCACACCCACGACGUAGGGACGGGAAGCAAGAAGGGACACACACACACACCGCAGCACAGCACCCACAACCCAGCCGACUCUCUGGUGCCAUUUCGUCAACCUCCCCUCCCCCCUCACCUGAACACCUGAACACCUGACCACCUCAGCAACAACUCAUUGUACAGCUUCUCCUCUCAGUGGACUGAGUCUGGAAACUGAGCUCCAGCACCUCAAACUGUGUCUCGUUGGAAAAACUUCACCACAAAAGCUUAACGGCGGCUUCGAAAAGACACACAAAGACUUGUAAGCAUUACUGAUGUUGCCCUAUAAAUGUAAACUCUUGGAUUCCUGUUUUUUUGUUCUCUCACGUGUUUGUGCCGUUGACAGCGCAGCAGCGCGAAUCGACCUUUCAAGUGUUUUCUUCUCUGUAGGAUAAUCAACAAAAAAAAAAACAGUGAGGUACAUUCAUUUAAAUAUAGCAAACGGAUAUUUACUAAGCCAUAGGUUUUCCAGGUUGUUUAUCAUUUUGUUCUUUUUUUUUUUUUUUUUGUGGCAAGGUCUUUUUCUACCAGAAUGUACAUUUACGAGAAAAAAGAUGAAAAAAAAUGUGCGUAAAAUGGACAAUUUUAUCAUUUCAGCUUAGCAAGCCUUAAGGGACCAACGCAUAAGAGUCAAAAACUGCUCUUAUUUUUUUUUUCCCUUUUAUUUUUGUUUUAUUUUUUAUUUUUAAAGAUAAAUAUACACACACAUAUAUACGUAUAUAUGUAUGUAUAUAUAAAUUGAUUACUAAAGCUAAAGUCUACUAAAGGUAGUGUCAUGAUUCUAUCUAUAGGACGAAAAAAAUAUAUGUAGCACCUGAUGUAAGUUUGUUUCAGUCAAGUGUUUGUCCUGUUGCCACAUUGCCAGACAUCUAAACCCACUCUAUCUUCUCUCUGCAGAUUAGUCCAUCGAAAGCACUUGUCUCUCAGCACAGGUCGAAAUAAAAUGCAUGAUUAGAGACGGUUUAAAUACACAAAGUAUUAAACCGUCAAUAAUUAAUGCACCCAGUAAAUUAGACCUGCCGGACAGUGCUGCACUCAAAGAAAUCCCACAGUCUCUUGAUUGUUCAGCAAUAAGUGCACUUCUGAACCACUGCGGGUUUACCUGUGUGGCAAUUUGGACGUCCGCGAGUCCGUCUGUCUCCAUUGUUUCUCUUACAUAAUGGAUACAUAAUGUAUUGAUGUGCUGCUACUUAGUUGUCCACCUCGCUCUCCGAGUCGAGGUGAGAGCUGCCGUUGGAUGUAAAUAUCCUCAGAUUGCCUGAAUCUGAAUCAUUCUGUGCCAUGUUGCUCUGACGCAAAUCCAGCGCAUUUGUCAUCCGGUAGGCAGUCCUCUACAAGAUUUGCUGAAGUGUGUUAAAGAGUUUGUUUUUCAGUCGGUGUUCGCGGAGCUCGUUUCACUGAUGAACUCUUCCUCCCUGGUUCAAAGUGAGGAUCGGUUCAAUCAGUCGCUGUAGAUUGGAAAAGCUGCAGCCUCCAUGGAGCAUGGCUGAAAACCACUGUGCCAAUCUAUCAGUGGGAUUCGGAGGAGUUUGUUCUCUCCACUUUUGAGUCCCACACAGUUGGAAAUGCAUUUAGAGAUAUUUUCCUCCACUAGAAGCCCAGGUUUAGAGAGGGGGGGGGGGGCAAUCCUUGUUGAGAGACUUGUUCAGUAAAAAGUACUUUCUCUCCAUAAACACCCCCACCCCCCCCCCACCCCGUUGAUGGCCUUAAAGCAACUGAUAAUGUAAUUACACAUAGAUAAAUGUCAUAAUCCGUCAAAAUUAAAAACUGCACUGCCCCUCUAAAAAAUAUAAUAAAACCUCUUGAGCAUUUAAUUACAAGAUGACGUCAUAGCAGCACUAAUGCACCUCUUUUUAAGGCAGUUAUUGUCAGUCAGAGGAAGCCUAGUUCCCAUUACUCUCCAGGCUGCAUCAGUGGUUUCUGUCUGAAAUGAUUUUUCAGCAUCAGUUCUGAGAUUUGAUUUUUUUUUAACCACAAAUUGAAACAAACAAAUAAAAAAAUCUCCAGUUAUUCGACAACUUUCAGAGGUAUCCAGCGAUCCUUCAGCAGAUAAAGUUCAGUCAGCCAAAUCGUGGAAUCGAUCAGUAUCUUAAUGUCGAGUAUGUCCAGGCUUUGAUCAGUGACUCCCCGCGAGGAAACCCUAAGCUCAGCACAACAGGAAGUCAGGAGCGACAACACCUUUUAAGCCACUGAUGAAAAGUCCUAGAAGAGUUCAGAAUAAUGUUUGAACACCUAACAGCAAACUUGAUUUAUGUUUCUAAAGAAAAAGACACGACCUGCACCACAUCCUGUUGGCUGAAGGAAAAUAUCAAAACAUUUCUAAUGUGAAAAAUCCAUUUCUGUAAAAAUUACAUUUUCAGUUGCUACAGGUUCAUUCAGCAAUUCCCUUAUCAUCCUUAAAAAAAAAAAAUUGAGACUUUCGUUCUCGUGAAUGAAGUAUUAUUAAAUAUGUAGAAAUGGUGCAGCAGUGGCAGGAAGUGACAUAAGCCUUGUAAAUAUCUUGUGGAGUAAACAGCAGAAGAAGAAGCUAUCCUGAUAUUUGAAGAAAGUAAAGUGGAUAUCGCUGCUAUAUUAUAUACAAAAAGGGUGAGACUAUGCUGAAUUCAAUGUUAAAUGUGUAAACUAAUGGGCCAACUGGGUCUUACCAGGGAAAACCAGGGCCAAGGAUUUGUCUUUCUAAGCCAUGUGGGUUUGGGGGAAAGGGGGGGGGGGGGGGGGGGGUGUGGGAAACUCUAAAUUUCAAAUCUCAAAGUAUCCCUUUAAGUAAGCCCUGGCUAUCCCUGCUGGGCCUUGGGGUGGGAUUGAGACCGUAUAGUGUGUGUGCUCCAUUAGCAAUGUCAUUCUCUGGGACAUUAGCAACAACAAAAGCUCAACUCAACAGCACCUCUGGUAUGCCUCUAAUAGGACAACCUUCAUUCUGUCUUAAAGUCACCAGCAGCCUUGUACUUUUUCUUUUCAGAGCCCAAGAUGACUUAACUGUAAAAAGAUGUUUGCACCCAACUGUUUUUUCUCUUGUGGUCUUUAUACAGCAGUCUUUCUUUCCUUGAUUCUCUCUUGCCUUUCUCUCUUGUCAUUCCAUGUCAUUCUCUAAUUGACAUAACAGAUAUCUCCUAGCUACAAGGGCCACACUUCACUGCAGCCGGUUCACUCGCUCCAUAACGGGCCAACCAACUCCCAUCUAUCCCUGCCUGAUUUUACUUCUUCAUCUCUCUAAACUCGGAUCUUACAUUUUAGGGUGUGCUUGAAACAAAGUAGUUGGUAUGAUGCACAAAUGGGGACAGCGGUUCACACUUGUAGACGGUCUCUCCUCUGAGGUGUUCAUGGCGUUGUCCUCAGAUGUACACGAGACGGAAGUAGUUUUGCGGAGAAUGAUUCAAACUGCCUCACCUCUACGUGGCUGCACACUACUCAGCUUGUCGGUUUUUGGAAAGUUACAAAAAUUGACGAAAGCGCUUGAAGAGUGUCUUCAAGAGCACUCCAUCAAUUUGGCAUUCUGAUACUGACUCAAACCCGAACACAAUGCAACUGGACCAGUCAGUGGAGUUUCCCUUAUAGGACUGUCCAGAUUCGGGGGGGGGCAGCUGCAUCCAAUGUUCCUUUACCUUUCCGAAAACCACCGAUCCGACCGACAUCAUGAAUGUGUUCCAGGAGAGACUGUCUGAAAGCUGUUAACACUUUUGCGUUCAGACGUGACCGAUCGACAUUUUUUACCAACUACUCUGUUUUGAGCAUACAUUGACUUCAGGACGUUCACUGGGAUUGAACAUGCAAGGUAUUUUUUGCGUAGGUGUUUCGAUCACUGAACCUUUUUAAAAAUGUACCCGCUGUACCUCCUCUUUGAGAAUCUGUCCUUGCCUUUUCUCUCCGUAGCUCAGAUUAAAGGUGGGACGGACGCUGCUGAUACGCAGCCGUCAUGCAAUAUCAAACCUCGGUCCACUGGUCAACACGGAUGAGGGUUGUGAAUGGGAGCGGCGUUUAGUGACUCAAACCCGUACGAUGAGAUGCGCUCUAGUCAAAUAUGCAGCCUUUUCACGCUUUACUUUGGAAGCUCAAAGGUAUAAAAACAAGCAGGUUCUUCUGCUCCGUGUGCACUGAUGGAGGGCCAAAAUAGGGAGGUAACAUAAACUAUGCCAGCAGCUCUACCGCUUCAAACCACGCACUGAGAAAUUCCCACAGCCGUGAAUGUAUCAGCCCUCUCAGAGUCAACAAACCAAUCCGAGCACAACCUGCAUAACUCAGCCCAAAGGUCAUGGCAGCAACUUUGUGAGCAUGCAAAUAUCCGCCGCACGGGUCUGUUUCUAUCUAUGUCUCUUUCUCUUGUUAUGCAAAGUCUGGGCCCAAUCAUGUCUGCCCACUCAGUCCCACUGGAUCACACAAGGUUGAAUGACCUAUCUAUGCUAGCAUGAUCCACACACUGUGAUGAGGUCCGCGUUAGGGUCAAAGGAUUAAAUCAUUCUCCCUUCAUGGUUGCCCUCCAUCGUCUGCUGAUUAACGGUCUCUGCUGAAGCAUCUGCAGUGGUCAAAAGCCAGGGAACGUGUUACUGUUGACGCGAAGAGCGGUUUGGGUCACUAAAGGGCUCGGGGUUCGCUCGGCUACCAAGAGUUUUCUUCUCCAGUUCGACGCUGCAGUGAGGCCUUUGUGGCAACAAGGGUAGCAGAAAGCUUUAUCAUGUUUUAUUUGGUGCCUAAGUUUGACAAGACUUCUUUUACUUUUCACCUCGAAUGACGAGACUGCAUGUGAUUGUGUGUCUGCAUUGAUGUCUGCAUUACCUGCUUUAUAGAUGUCAUCCAAAAGCUGAGAAGAUCUUAAAAAGCAUAAUUAACAUAUUAAAAAGGUCACUUAAUCAAAAAGAAAAUACCUCCUUUUAAAGACCAAUGUGUUUUACCUCACUGUAUAUAUAUAUUCUUGAUUUGUUUACUCCAAGUUUGCAAUUUAUCUUUCUCUUUUGUUUCUAUGAAAUGCUUAAAAAAGUUGAAGAGAAUAAUUUGUUUUUCUUUUCAAUGGUACUUUUUUUGUCAAAUGGCAUUGUAUUGUGUUUGUGUUGUGCCCAAGCAGUAUACUAUUCCUCUUUUACCAUGCUCUUGUAUAUGACCUUGUUGGUUGUGUUCUGCGUGAGCUGUACAGUCAAAGCGCUUUACAAAUGUCCAAGCCCCUUUCUGAGCUCUGGUACAAAUGCCUUGUUCAAUAUAUUCUUUUUGUUUAACGAAAAAAAAAGAAAAAAAAGAGUUAAAGUGGAGGCGGAGGAGGCUGGACGUGAGGGGAGGGACUGUACACGCCUACAGCGAAAACCCCUCAACAACUGUUGAACCCUCCUCACCUCACAACCCUCUUGGAUUUCUAAACAUAUAAUCUUGACUUUUUUAUAUAGUGUGUACAGAUGAAUGAGAGAUCAGCAUAGGAACUAGAGGAUUGACACUUAUGUUAACUUCUAACAUAGCUGGAGUAGAAAAUGGUGUGAAUAAAGAAACAAGGUUUCAAUACAAA